GGCGGGAUCACGCGGCCGCCAGUACUUCCGGCGAGCCGAGCGUGAUGCUCCGGUACCAGGUACUUCCUCCAGUGCCCAAUUGAAUUGUUAGAGCUUGGCCCAGGGAAAUUAUAUCAAAUCAUUUUAGAUUUUGUCCAAGGCCCUGAUGUCAGCACUGAAUCCUCAAACUUUGGUGUCAGUAGCUCAGAAGACCCUGGGUGUGGGGAAAAAAAGAGGUCCACCCCGCACAGUCUGCCUACACCUAGCUGGAGAGGUCAGAGCUGUGGCUGGGGGACUGAAGCCAGCAGUAUUAUAUGAUUGCAAUGCUGCAGGGGCUGAUCAGGUUCAGAGAUAUGUGGGAGAGCUACAGACACUGGGCUUCUUACCGCAGACACUACACAUUCUGGAGCUGGGGGAAAACAUCCUGAUUGUCAAUCCUAGGCAAGUGUGUCAGCAUAUACAGCACGUGCUGCUCAGCCCUAUGACCUUCGUGGAUAUUUCAAGCUUCAGAUCUCACCCUGCCCUCUGCCUACUCGAUGAGCUUGGAGAUUUGAAGGACCACUUGGUUGAGAUCUUGACCCACUUACAGAGUCUGGACGGGAAUCCCCUCUUGCCCAUCUCUCGAAGUGAACUCUCUUCUGAUGGCUGGAAUCUUUGCACAGUAUUUGGGAUUCUCCUGGGCUAUCCUGUUCCCUAUUUUUUCCAUCCAGCCCAAGGAGACAGCAACUGCUUGGCCCUGAUCCCACUGCAUGUAUUUACUGCUCAGACUUCAUGCUGUUGGCUCACAGGCCUUCCCCAGAUUCAGCUCUAUUCUUUCAGCGUCCCAGAGAGUUUGUACCCAGCCUUGAAAGACAUACUGGACAUGUGGGGGGAGGACCUCAGGGCCCGAUGUGGGGCUCAGGGCGACUUUACUGAUCUUACCAUUUCUACUGAUAUUGUCACAUUGCCUUCAGUGGUACUGUGAUUCCUACCCACUUUCACUUGGUGGGCACUCAGUAAAUGGUGAUGAUUAGCUGUGGGAUCAUAGACAAGUUAUCAUUUCAAACUAUUAGUCCUUAUGUGUAAAAUGGGAAUAAUAAUACUUGUGCUUCCUACCUCACAAAGUAGUUGUCGGGGAAAAUGUGGUGUUAUGAUUAUGAAGUAUAGACACUUUAAGGGGACCAGGUGAUGAUGGCAGGUACUGUCUUUCCUUUGGUGACUUGUUUCUUGUCCAAUAGAAAGAAGGCAGGAGUGAUGAGAUUGUGGGGAGAACAAUUUUUGACCCAAAAUAUUUUGCUUUUUUUAUAGUAACUUGGCAAAUUAGGUUGCUUUUUGGUGUAAUCUUUGGGGCAAAAAGGCAUAAAUCUAAAUUUUUUUUUUUUUUUUGGCUGAGGCAAUUGGUCUUAAGUGACUUGCCCAUAAGUGUUA